CGGGCCCGCUGCACGCAGCCUUAGCCGCCAUGUCUUCCGGGGCCAGCGUGAGCGCCCUGCAGCGCCUGGUGGAGCAGCUGAAGCUGGAGGCCGGCGUGGAGAGGAUCAAGGUCUCUCAGGCAGCUGCAGAACUUCAGCAGUACUGCAUACAGAAUGCAUGCAAGGACGCCCUACUGCUCGGGGUCCCGGCUGGCAGCAACCCCUUCCGUGAGCCCAGGUCCUGCGCUUUACUUUGAAGACUGGGAAAAAGUUUGCUGAGGAAGCCGGUGUGUGCGCGGUGAUGGAUGACUGCUGCCAAGUCCCAAGAAAACAGACUUCAAGAGCCAAAUCAUUUUCUCUGUGGCCUGGUCCUAGGUCCGAAUUAUACAGAAAUCAAUGUUUUUUUUUUUUUUUGGUUGGUUGUUUUUUUUUUUGUUUUUUUAACCUCACUACCAAACUUGCUGGAUGCGUCUCUUCCGUCACAGAUCCUGUGCAGCCCUGCCUAGGACAGAGGCGUGUUUUAUUUACUGGGUAUUUGCAUUUCAGAAUGGAAAUGUUGUAUUUUCAAAAACUGAGUAUUUGUAAUUUUCCUAACAUUUUUAUACUCUAAUACAAAAUUUUUUCAUAAAAAUUUACAGUUACUAAAUUAAACAAAGUAUAAAAUUGGGGGAAUAAUUGAUAUCCUGAUUUUGUAAAGGCGAGCUUUUUUCAUUUCCCAAUGAGCAAAUGGUCUGACUUGGACAGUAAGCUUGGGUGCUGCUCCUUAGCAAACGGAAAGAUUUAUGUAUCGUUAGGUUGCCCAUCCUGUGUGAAGCCAGUUAGAUCUUUCUUUAGUUCCUAUACUUUACAACUUAUAAUUGUGAUUGUAGCUUUUAGAAAUAUGUUCAUGCCUUUAAAAAUGUUUAAAUGUGGCCUACAUUUAGAACAUUGCAAUUGGUUAAAAACAAAAUAUGAAGAUAUUAUAACCUAAAAGAAUUCAUGUCACACAUAUUUUAUUGGGGUGAUGUGCCUUUGCUUUAAUUGGGGACACUUUUAGAAGGAAAGUUUGUGUUUGUAAUAAUCUUUGAAGAGCUUGGAAAUAAAAUUUUUGCCUAAUUCAUCAUUUUCCAUGACAACA